CAACAAAAAAAAUUGAAGAUUAUUUGUUACAAAAUGUGAAAUUUAAGGGUUCAGCCCAAAUAAUUAUAAUUAUCUUCCAAGAUAUUAGGAUAGCAUGACAAACUUAACGUACGCCAUAUAAUUAGCUAAGCGCGAGAGCACUACUGUACCGUACCAAACUCCAUUGUACUCUAAUGGAGGAAACCCCUCAACUCACUUAAUCCCUUUUCUUUAGCUAACUUUCUCAUCAACUGAACAACAUCAUCUCCAUCAUCAACAAUGGCAUCAUCACUUGUAUCUCUAUCACUUUCACUCCCCUCCUCCUCAUCUCUUUCUCACACCAGACUCAACAACACUACAAUAAGGUGCUCAUCUUCGAAUUCCAACCUAAGCGAGAAUCAACAACAACAAGUGAAUUUGCAGGCGAUGAAUCCUCCGCCGCCGCCGCCGCCGAGGCCUCGCCGGAUAAUCCUAGUUCGCCAUGGAGAGAGCGAAGGGAACCUCGACGAGAGCGUUUAUACAAGAAUCGCAGACCCCAAAAUCUCGCUAACAAAGAAAGGAAUUGCUCAAGCUGAGGAGUCUGGGAUUGAAAUUAGGAAAAUGAUCGAGAGAGACGGAAUCCCUAAUUGGAAGGUUUACUUCUACGUUUCGCCUUACAGAAGAACCCGCCAAACUCUCCGUGGGUUGGGUCGAGCUUUCGAUCGAUCCAGAAUAGCUGGGUUUAGGGAAGAGCCUCGUCUUCGAGAACAAGAUUUCGGGAAUUUUCAGGAUAGAGAGAAGAUGAGGCACGAGAAGACACUCCGUACACUAUAUGGCCGAUUCUUCUUUCGAUUCCCUAAUGGAGAAUCAGCUGCUGAUGUUUAUGAUAGGAUUACUGGGUUUAGAGAAACGUUGAAAUCAGAUAUUGAUGUAGGGAGAUUUCAGCCACCAGGGGAAAGAAACACAGGAAUGAAUUUGGUGAUAGUUUCACAUGGUUUGACUCUUAGGGUUUUUCUAAUGAGAUGGUACAAAUGGACUGUAGAACAAUUCGAAGGCUUAAAUAACUUUGGCAAUGGCAAGAUGAUAGUUAUGGAAAAAGGUUAUGGUGGAAGGUAUAGUUUGUUGGUUCAUCACAGUGAAGAAGAGCUAAGAAAGUUUGGAUUGACAGAUGAUAUGCUUACCGAUCAAGACUGGCAAAAGUACGCAAAACCUGGACAGCUGAACUAUGACUGCCCAACUUUGAGUGCCUUCUUUCCUCACUUAGAUGAAGAGUGUGCUACUGUACCAUAAUUGUAAUUAUUAUAGCUGUAAUGACAUAUAGUCGUGUAGUACUAAGAGCACUCCCAAGUCCCAACUCCAAUAGCUUCUCUACUUUAUUUUUUAAAAUAAAUCACUAAAUUUUAAAUUUUUUAUUUUACAUUUAUUGCCCACCA